AUGAUUCUGAAACGGACUUUGACAUUCGAGAAUCAGAAUCUGAAGCGGUGCAAAAUUGAUUCAGAAAUUGAUUAUGGGAGCAAAAAGGGUGAGAUUAUGGUUUAUCGGAAGAGACAAAGAGCAACCGUGGAUCAACCAUGUAAAGAAGAAUCCGAAGAUCGUACAAGUAGUAGCGCAGGCUCCUUGACAAGUAAAGAGUCUCAGCUUGGCUCUGACCAGUCUAAUAAUAUGUCCUCGCGUGGCAGAGUUCGAGUGAUUCCUUCAAGGUUCAACGAUUCCGUUGUUGCUGCAUGGAAAACUAAAAGCCGCAAGGUCGAGUCGAUGGAGUCUAGCCAUGACGAAGUGAAGAAAGUCAAAGGUGGUGGUCAUGAUAAGAGUGGAAGCUCGAAAUUGCAUCUCAACAAAGGCUCGAAGCUGUUUUCACGUAAGGAUAACGAAGACAGCAGCGAAGUUGAUUUUGAAGAUUGGAACAGUGAAAAAGAUGCGAAUAUCAGAAGUUCAAUGUUAUCUUCCUCCGACGACGCUAAUUCUCUUCCCGUGAGAGGUAGAAAAAAGUCUUAUGGAGGGUUUAGUCUUGCCGACACGAAGAAGGGCGUGUACAAGCCAGAGGAUUUUGCGGUUGGCGAUCUUGUCUGGGCUAAGUGUGGGAAAAGAUUUCCAGCAUGGCCGGCUAAGGUGAUUGAUCCGAUUUCACAAGCGCCUACUUCGGUCUUGAAACAUAGCGUUCCGGGCUCACUUUGUGUUAUGUUUUUUGGGCACUCAAAGAAUGGAACCCAGAGGGACUAUGGAUGGGUCAGACAAGGAAUGAUGUUUCCGUUUACGGAAUUUAUGGACAAAUUUCAGGAUCAGACAACCUUGUACAAUUACAAGCCAAGUGAAUUUAAGAAGGCACUCGAGGAAGCAGUUUUAGCUGAGAAUGGGGUUGAAGGUAAUUGUGGAGCUGUUGAAAUCAGCUGCCCAGAUUCCUCUGCCACUGAAUCCGACGUGGAGCAUGGACCUUCCUCUAGAAUUCAGGGCUCAUGUCAUGUGGACAUAAGGACCUGCGACGGCUGUGACACAGUAAUGCCACUAAAAUCUUUAAAAAGGACAAAAGGCUCACAACCUGAAGAGUUUUUAUGCAAACACUGUUCAAAGUCACGGAAUUCCAAUCAGUAUUGUGGCAUUUGCAAGAGAUUAUGGCACCCUUCAGACACUGGAGAUUGGGUAUGUUGUGAUGGGUGUGAUAUAUGGGUACACGCUGGGUGUGACAACAUUUCGGACAAGCGCUUUAAGGAACUGGAGCACAACAAUUACCAUUGUCCUCAUUGCAGAGCACAGCAUGAGCGUGCCCCAACAAUAUUAGAAGAACAGAACUCAGUAUUCAAGUCUACAGAAAAAACUACAGAGACUGAGCUGCCUAAUGAGAUUACUGUAGUCUGCAAUGGCAUGGAAGGGACAUAUUUCCGAAAGUUUCAUGCAAUUGAGUGCAAGUGCGGUUUAUGUGGAGCAAGGAAGCAGUCACCAAGUGAAUGGGAAAGGCAUACUGGCUGCAGAGCCAAAAAGUGGAAGUACAGUGUAAAAGUGAAAGGCACAAUGCUAACUCUAGAAAAAUGGAUUGGAGGCUCUGGUGCAGAUACUCUAGAACCCCAGAUGUUGGAUAAGCAGAGGUUGCUCACUUUGCUGGAAGAAAAGUAUGAGCCAGUCAGUGCAAAGUGGACGACUGAAAGGUGUGCUGUAUGUAGAUGGGUAGAAGACUGGGAGGAAAAUAAAAUGAUAAUCUGUAACAGAUGUCAAGUAGCUGUGCACCAAGAAUGCUAUGGGGUAAGCAAAUCACAAGACCUCGCCUCCUGGGUGUGUAGAGCAUGUGAAACACCAGAUGUUGAGAGAGAGUGUUGUCUUUGUCCUGUAAAAGGUGGUGCUUUAAAACCAAGCGACGUUGAGGGUUUGUGGGUUCAUGUAACAUGUGCUUGGUUCCGGCCGGAAGUUGGGUUUUUAAAUCACGAAAAUAUGGAGCCUGCUAUUGGACUUUUCAGAAUUCCAGUAAAUUCAUUUCUUAAGGUUUGCACCAUUUGUAGGCAAACACAUGGUUCCUGCGUGCACUGCUGCAAGUGUGCCACUCAUUUCCACGCAAUGUGUGCAUCACGGGCAGGUUACAACAUGGAGUUGCACUGCCUGGAGAAGGAUGGUGUGCAGAGAACCAGGAAGUCAAUUUACUGUGCUUUUCACAGGAAGCCAGAUCCAAAUAGUAAUGUAGUUGUGCACACACCCGCAGGAGUCUUUGGCUCUAGAAAUUUGCUUCAGAAUCAAAAUGGGCGCAUCAAAGGUUCAAGACUCGUAUUGACAAAGAAGAUAAAGCUGCUAGGUUCCGGAAUCCAACCCCAAGCCGAACAAAUCCAUGCAUUUGAUUCUUUUUCUGCAGCUAGAUGUCGUAUCUAUAGUAGAUCAAACACGAAGAAAAUUGAUCUGGAAGCGAUAUACCACAGGCUGAAGGGACCAAGUCAUCAUUCUUUGGGUGCAAUCGAGAAUCUAAACUCUUUUAAGGAAAGUUUCUCAUUCAGAGCACCAAUUAUGCCAGUGGAAGCAGAUACAUCAGGUUUUACCUCAUUCAAAGAACGGCUUAAGCAUUUGCAGAGGACGGAAAAUCUUCGGGUCUGCUUUGGUAAAUCUGGCAUACACGGAUGGGGUCUCUUUGCAAGGAAAAGUAUUCAAGAAGGAGAAAUGAUCAUCGAGUAUCGUGGGGUGAAAGUUAGGAGAAGUGUUGCAGAUCUGCGAGAGGCAAACUAUCGUUCUCAAGGCAAAGAUUGUUAUCUAUUCAAGAUAAGUGAAGAGAUAGUGAUUGAUGCCACAAACUCUGGAAACAUAGCACGAUUGAUCAAUCAUUCAUGUAUGCCCAAUUGCUAUGCACGUAUAGUGAGUAUGGGUGAUGGAGAAGAGAACCGAAUCGUCCUCAUAGCAAAAACCGAUGUCUCGGCUGGCGAAGAGCUUACGUAUGAUUAUCUCUUUGAAGUUGAUGAAUCUGAAGAUAUCAAAGUGCCUUGCCUUUGUCGAGCUCCUAACUGCCGCAAGUUCAUGAACUGA